AUGAAUGAAGAUCUGGAAAUGGUAGACUUUCAUCUGGGAAAUUUUGUAAUCAAUAUUGAUUCCAAAAUGGCAAGAAACUUAUGUGAAGAUCCCGAACUGGCUCGAAGAUAUAUUGAUGAACUACGUAGACAGUGUCCAGAAGCUGAGGCUGGCACUUCGACUUCAACCAGCUCAGUGUUGGUGCCAAGUGUAGCAGCAGCUAGUCAGCCUGUGCAUAAUCAAAAAAGUGAGCAAAAAGUAUGGACCACAUCAAAAGGUCAAACACCAAGGGAUUUGCAAGCCACAGCAUUCUUUCUGUGUCUCCGUAAGGACCUGGACAAAAAAUUUAAAGACAAAAAAACUGCUAACACAACUCUUUGGCAGGAAGUUGCUGAAAAAAUGAAUCGUAAUGGGUAUUUUGUGGGUUAUGGCUCAGAUGGUAGAGAAAGGUGUAGGCAGAAGUUUGCAAAUCUCCAGCAAACAUAUCUGAAAUACAUUGACCGAAGACGGCAGACUGGAGAAGAUACCUUGGAUGGUAUUGACGUUGAAGAAAACCCCGAAGACAACAUCAAAUCAGUUUUUCCCCUAGUAGGCUACCCCGCUAACAGUCACCUAUCAGUGUCCACUUCAUCCCAGCUCAUCAAGGCCAGCGAGCUAAUGGAAGGUUUUGAAUCAUCCAACUAA